AGAGAGGACUUGGAGGAGAGGUAGAGAUACCUCGAGUUUCCUCUUUUGGUGAGGUCAGAACCCAUUUUCUUCCAUUGAUAUUCUGCUAUUUAUAGCAGAAACAACACAACAUAACAUAGAACAUAAAACCCAUAAACAUGGAAGGGUGCAAACAUUCACCCAACCGGAGAGGAGAAACAUGCUUUCUCUUUCUCUCUCAAUUUUCAUCAAUUUCUUCCUUCCUUUUUAUGGAGGAAGACUACACAUAAAACAAUAAUAUUUUUCUACCUAAACUAUAAUUAUUAACUACCUAAAACAUUGACUAAAGUGAUGAAGUUUGCUGCCAUUUCUUGUAGCCCAUGUGAAGCUCCAUGCUGCUGUCACUUUGCUGCUACUGUGCAGUCAUGUUGCAGUAUCAUUUAGCAGAUCUCAUUUCACUGCAUUUUCAGCUUUCAUGCCAUAGCUCCAACAGUCUAUACCAUUGCAUGAGCACUCUGGGCCACCAACUUCUGCUGCUUUUCGAGAGUCUCCUGUGAAUUUGUCUGGUGGGUUCUUGGUUCUAGUCUAAUUGUUGGAUGGAAAUGUUAUUUCUGUCUCAAUAUGCUUACCUAUUGCUACUGAAUAAAGUUUUCAGGCUUUUAUUGUUUCUUUGUCUGGGACAUAAACCACCUCAACUUGCCAUUCAAUCCUCUCCACCAGUACAGCGGCCAAGAAAGAGACGGAGAACAUGGGGGAGGUUCUUCGAUGCUGAACUAGUGUGGUCUAAUAGGAAAAUGGGUAGGUCUAUGGAGAAGGCACUCGAAGAUUCUAGUGAUCUAGUACGGAAGAGAAGGAGUGUAUGUGCCUCUGCUUUGGCUGUAUGGAGGUCAAAUAGCAUUCUCAGAAAGGGACAAUUAUUUCAUGGGCCUUCAGUAACAGGGUUGUGUGUUGAUACAUCUGAAAUGUUUGAGAGGGACUACACCUUUGCAAAACCCAAUUUAGCUGUACUACAGGAAGCUGCUUCAAGUCCUAGGAUUUUACAAUCUCCUGCUCCAAGCACAGAGGCUGGGGAUUUGCAGAUUCCUGCUACUUCAACUGCAACUGAAGCUAGCCCAGAGCAUAGGGCUGGAAGAUCUGAAGCUGCAGUGUCUGAAAUCGACAGGGAAACUGAAUAUCUUCGAGAUGAUCAAGGCAGUGCUUACAACAAUCUUUUACAUGAAUUUGAGCCCUCCCCAUCAAGGCCAAUAUGUUCUGCAAGGGAUGAUUCAUCUCCACUAUCAAUUAACAGUUUAAGAUCAGAGACAAUACCUCGGGCACUUCCAACACCAGAUGCUGCAGCAUCCACUGGAACUCAUGGUUCUGAGUUUGAAACACCGAGGGCAUUCUUGGAUGAGGGGCUGAUUCUGGGAAGCACGGGUCUUUCACAUAUUUCUGAGAUGCUGUGUUCUGCAGAAGCAAAUGAUCUUUACUUUCUUGAAGAUGAUAAUAAUUCCCCAACUGAGUUCCAAGCAAGUCAUGCAGUAGAUUCCUUGUCUGUGAGAACCAGAGCAGUGGCUCAAUAUUUGAAGAAGCAGUCACCUAUCACUGCUAUCUCAGAAAACUCAUCUGGAGAUCUCAGUUUGAAUAAGAUCUUAGAAGGAAAAACAAGAAAAUUAUGUGCUUGAAUGUUUUAUGAGACAUUGGUUUUGAAGAGUUAUGGAGUUAUUGAUGUACAACAAGAAAAAGCUUGUGAAGAUAUCACUUUGAAGUUGACUGCAACUCUAUCUAAGGCCCAGAUAUAAGGUUCCAAAAUGAGCAAGUUGCUGCCAAGCAGAGGUCAGAUGCUUCAUGGGGUGUGUAUGUUUUCUCUGAUACGAAUCCCUACCUUGGUCAUGAAAAUCCCAUUAAAGAAGGUCAAAAACUGCUUUGGAAAGGGCUUUUGAGUGAAGCUGUGCUUGCUUUAGAGGCUGAAGUUAUAAAGCACAUCGACAAUUCUGAAAGUUGGAGGUUGCUUGGAGUAGCCCAUGCAGAGAAUGAUGAUGAUCAACAGAUUGCUGGAUUAUUCAAUGAAGCUGUUCAAAUGUCACCUGAGGAUGCUGACGUCCACGUAGUACUUGGUGUCCUAUAUAAUUUGUCAAGGGAAUAUGAUAAGGCUAUUGCAUCUUUCAAGAUAGCUUUGAAACCCAAACCUAAUAUGACUACUCCCUCUGGAACAAGCUUGGUGCAACACAAGCAAAGAGUGUGCAUGGUACCGAAGCAAUAUUGGCCUAUCAACAGGCACUAGAUUUGAAGCUUAAUUGUGUUCGUGCUUGGGCAAACAUGGGUAUCAGUUAUGCAAGCCAGGAUAUGUAUGAGGAAUCAAUCCAGUAUUAUGUCCGGGCACUCACAAUGAAUCCCAAGUCUGAUAACGCCUGGAAAUAUCUAAGAAUUUCAUUAAGGAAUCUCGACGUCCAUCAGUGGGAGUUUCCGUUAUAAUUAUUGUAUUUUGAUUUUGGCGUCCCUUUUGUGUCGUGAACUAAACUAAUUCAUACCCAUCUUGGAAGAUGUAUUGGAAGAUGUAGUCCGGGCUAUCAUUCAUUUACAUCUGCAGUGAAAACCAAAAGGGUAGGCACCAUUUGAUUUACAGUUGACUCUCUUGCAAGAGUUUCUAGUUAAACAUAGUUGUUGAAAAUUUGAAGAGGACAAUAUAUGGAUCAUUCUUUGUACACCAUACGGUGAAUAUAUUGAAAUUAUAGCGGACAGCAUAUCAUCUGCACUGGAGGAGGGAAAUUGUGAUAGGAAAGUGGCUGUGACUUGAUGGAAUUUGUGGUAGGAAAGGGCUUGUGACUUGAUUGAU